CUCUUACCGAACCAUGCUGAGAAUGAGGGUAUGCUUUGGUAUUUGAUGCUGCGUGCCUCUGCCAGCUUUUUGGCCCAGUACGAUCGUUGGCCUGGCACCCAUCUAGCCUACAGAAGGACUCUGGUAACCACUUCAUGUCAAAAAAACUCAAGCAUUUCCUCGUCAUUUACCCAAGCUCGUUCACAACAUGGUGAACAAGAGACCUCUGACAGGCCUUUUUUGCAAGCAUUACAGACAAUUAUAAAGUCUCCUAUCGGCGUUGAACCUGCUGAUGUUUCUUCAAAAAUUGAAUCGAGUGAUCGAGCUGGCUCUGACGAUGUGGCAGACAACGGCGACCACUCAAACUUAGAUUGCCGCCGACAGAUAAAAUCGGAUCCAACCUAUGAAGAGGACGUCCCUUUGUUACGGACACACCUUAACCGAGUCCUGCGUGCCUAUGGGAUAGACGUAAACGGUGUCAAUGACGACUACGUGCGCGUAAGUUCUAAAGGCACAUUAUUUAAUUAA